ACGUCAGUUUGAUUUCGGGUCGGUGCAAAACAGUGAAGUGUAAUUUUUUCGGGAAGUAAUUUUGUCUUUGUUGACUGUCGACGAUUUACUACCGGAUCGGAUAUUCGGUACCGGGAUUAACUUACAUAAGCCGUGCGUCGGUCGGAAUUGAAAUAACGCCGGAACUCUCGUUUGUUGUACGCUAGCAGAAUGUCCAAAAGUAGCAGCUCCAUCGUUCUUCGGGUUCAAUCGCCGGAUGGAACCAAACGAGUGGAAAUCGCGGAGUCGGGAUUGUUGCGCGAGUUGUACGAGAUCGUCCACAAAACGUUCUCGUUCGAUGAUUUUGAUUUCGCUCUCUACAAGGAACGGAAUGGCACGAAAGAGAUUGCAUCAAUUCGUUCACAAACCGUCAAAGAGUGUGGUCUCAAACAUGGUGAUAUGAUUUAUCUAAAGAGCAUCUCAGGUCCAUCUACUUCAAAGCAGCCGGAAAGAAGUUCCUCACAGGCAUCGAUUGCCUCGACCAGUAGCUCUUCUUUCAGCGGAGCAGCCGGUGCCGGUGUAGGAUUCAGUCGUGAGGCAACACCCAGCUCUGGUUCAACUGGAGCCCAAGCUGUGCUCAACGGAGAAGAUACCGUUGACGUUGACCUCUACAAACAAGACGGACGCAUUCAACGGAAGCGAGAUGAAAAAUUGUGCCGUCACAACUCGAAUGGUUGCUGCGUUCACUGCUCCCCGCUGGAACCUUGGGACGAAGCCUAUCUGAAGGAGCAAAAAAUCAAGCACUUUUCGUUUCAUUCGUACUUGAAGAAGCUCACGUCCGGAGUCGAUCGUGGCAAGUUCGUUGCUCUGGAGGAUCUCAACUGUAAGAUCAAAACGGGCUGCCGGGAUCAUCCACCGUGGCCCAAGGGCAUCUGCUCCAAGUGUCAGCCCUCGGCGAUCACCUUGAAUCGCCAAACCUAUCGACAUAUCGAUAACGUAAUGUUCGAGAACACUGGAAUCGUGGAGCGGUUCUUGAACUAUUGGCGCACCACUGGACAUCAACGUAUCGGUAUCCUCUUCGGAGUGUACGAAAUCCAUCCGGAUGUUCCUUUGGGUAUCCGUGCCCGGGUUGCCGCCAUCUAUGAGCCCCCUCAGGAGAGCACCCGUGAUUCGAUUCGUUUGCUGGCCGAUGAACACGAGGCUGAAGUCGAUGAGCUGGCUCAAAAGUUGGGACUCAGACGGGUUGGGUGGAUUUUUACCGAUCUGUUGGCCGAGAAUGCCGCUGCCGGAACUGUGAAACAGCUGCGUGGAAUUAAGACCCACUUUCUGACGGCUCAAGAGUGUAUCCUGGCAGGUCAUUUGCAAAACAAGUACCCCAAUCGGUGCAAAUAUUCUAGCAACGGAUACUUUGGAUCCAAAUUUAUAACUGUUUGUGUGACUGGUGAUGAUAAAAAGCAAGUGCAUAUGGAAGGAUACGCUGUGUCUGCUCAGUGCAUGGCUUUGGUUCGGGACAAUUGUCUCAUUCCUACUAAGGAUGCACCGGAGCUUGGAUAUAUAAGGGAAUCUUCUGAAAAGCAGUACGUUCCGGAUGUGUACUACAAGGAAAAGGAUGCCUACGGUAACGAGGUGCAGCGAUUGGGACGUCCGCUGCCGGUCGAAUAUCUGCUGGUCGAUGUGCCGGCCUCCACUCCGAUGAUACCGAUGUUCACAUUCCACGAGCGGAAAGAUAUUGCUCAGUACUUCCCGGUCGAGAAUCGACUGAUCGACGGACACAUCCAGGACUUUGCUGCCCUCAGUGACUAUCUGGCCAAGUCACGAUCUCUGGACUUUUUGGAUGUUAUGUCAGAUUUCCACUUAUUGCUAUACUUGUAUCGAAUGGAUAUGUUGCCGAUGAAAUCACAGAUGUCCACCCUGUUGGAAGCUCUGCGCACUAAAGACAGAACUAUCGUUAACGAAUGGAAGAAUCAAGAAGUUUGGAGAACCUUAGAGCAACUGAUAUCGGCUAGUUCUCAUAAUGAUGAAUCGAGCAUGAACAACGACGUUGAAUUCGUAUCUGCUAGUGAUGUGGAGCAGAACUGGACUUGUAACCAUUGUACAUUUAUCAAUAGCCGAGAGCUGCCGACCUGUGAAAUUUGCAACCUUCCCAGGGUUUAAUAUGUCUACCAAUUACUGCUGAAGUGAAUCAUCGCAAGACGAUGAUGAAGACUACUCUCGUUCUACCCAAAUUUGGAUCAUUAAAAAUGCGGUUUGUUCUGGUGGCGUGGCUCUACUAAGGUCCCGUCUAAAUAUUUUAUCAAAUUUAAAAAUUGUCAUUCUGAAGCUGUGUGGAAACAUUAAUUUGUUUUCCUAUUUGAGAAGAAGAAAAACACAUAUUUGUUGUCUCUACGUGGAUUGGUUAGCCGUAAAUCUUAGCGAACUAGCUCUGGAAAGUGAUAGUGUGUGAGCUGUGACUCGGAAAGUUUGUUAGGAUUUCCAUUGAUUUUCUCAAAAAGAAUCUUACAAAAAUUUUCGAUAUCAGCAUCAGAAGAAACACGUCAAUCGGUUGAGUUCUUACUUGUAAGAAUAUAUUUAUUUUUGCAUCUUAAAAUAUACCGUGAGUAAUGGA